AUGAGCUCUCAGCAAACGGAUCCUUUCGGACAGCAGCCGCACCCAGCUGCGUUGCAACGCACGACCGCGAACGUCGCCCGCCCAGCCAACGCCGCGAAUUUCGAGCCCCAGGAAUCGGGUGGCAAUGACUAUAUACCGGUGCCGUUUAGUGGCCAGUUCAACGAGAGCGAUGCGCAGAUAGCCGCACGGAGGGCCAUGACCAAGCGAAGCUCGCGGUCCUUUGCAGCUAGGGUCUCCAAGACGCGGUCGCGAAAGAUGGAAAUAGUUGGGAAGCCGUCAAAGCCCGGAAUUACGGUGGAUACGAGCUUUGCGAGGCAUAGAGGAAACGUCCCGCAUCAGGUAUACCCCCAGGAGCAUGACGGCAGGAGCGGCGGAUCAUCGAGAAAGCAAAGCUGGUUUGGCCUUGGACGAUCUGGGACCAAAAACAAGGGUCUUGGAAUAACCAAAGGUACACCCCAGCCAGAGCCCGACAGUUCAUUCAGCAAGGACUCAAAGACCGCGGACUCUGAUACACAAAGCAGCAAGACAUGGCAGGAGAUCUCCCCGUGGGACCGCCCUAUUCCCAUCGGAAUUUCCGUUCCCUCAGAUAGCGUCACCGAGUUCAGUCCUGAUCCAGCGACACGGCAAAGAUCAGAAAGCGAUGCCACUCUCACUACUCCGAGCAUCAUCAUUACGCCUGCUGCAGCCAUGAAGUCUGUCUGGUCGCCCGACACUGAGUCUGACUACAACUCAGCCCGAGCAUCCAGUAUCUACUCACGUGCGGGUUUCUACAUGCAGUCUGCUGGGCCAGACGUGCCACCAGUUCCCGCUCUUCCAGCAGAGAUAUUGAAGAAUGCAGAACAGCAGUCCCGGAGUAGAAAUGACACGCUAGAUUCUGCAGAUACAGCGUUUGAAGAGGACGACGACAUCAAGCACAGGGAUCGAAUCACUUCGACUGCAACGGUUUUCGAGGAGGAUGAGACCCCUCUGCGGGACGGGAACUUCCACUCUACGUUAUCUGUUGACACGUCCACCGUUCCCACUCCACGAAGGUCUCAAGGCUGGUGGAACGUGAUCACAACCCCAUUUAUGAUGUCUCGAGCGAACUCGGUCUGGACUCAGAACGGGCGCAACGCGGAGAGGACGCCAGACGUACCGAUGAUGCCAGCCGAAUACAGUGCUCGGAAAGACUCACCAUCCCCGCCGUCAACAUAUAUAUGGUCGGCAACGGAAAGGAUUGAGCAGAAGGAGAACCAGCGUCAACACCAGCAAUCGCUUCCCGCUACUGAAGCGAAUGUCACCUCUCCUCUUUCGGCAAUGUCCGCCUCACCGGUUGUUGGCACUGCCACGAUUGGCACGGUUCUGAAUGCCCGUCAGGUUGAAGACCAGCGGCGACCAAUCAAUGUGAACAUUGAGUUGCAAGACAGACGCCCGAAUCCAACCGUUCAAGCUACAAACGCAAAUACACCACUAAUGGUGCAACAUGUACAUAUUCCGCCGCCGCCACCUCAGCCAUUCAGCGUGGACACGUCCAAAGCAAAGACCAAUACUGCAAAGCAGACCGUCCCUGUCUUUGCGCCGCCUCCUACCUUCGCCCGAAAGGGAUCGCAUUUCAGCUAUGACAAUGACAGUCGCCCCAGCACCGCCAUCUCGUCUGCAUCUAGUCCCGACCUAAAGAGCCAAAAGUCGCCUCGCAAAGUCGGCAACUUGAUGUCUUGGCUCCCAUUUGGCCGUCGUCACAAAAACACAAAGAAGCAGGACAAGAAAAAGAAGAAGCGGUCAUUGUGCUUCUGGUGCUGUGGUUGUUGCAUCAUACUUCUUGUCCUCAUCGCGAUCAUCGUUCCAGUGGUGGUCGUGGUCACCAAGAAACACAAUGACGGCACUAAUGGCACUAUAGACGUUGCUCCGGGUGAAGAUGCGCCUUCGCAGUGGCUCAACUUGACGGGCUAUCCUCCGAUUCCCACGGGCGUCUCGACGAUCGCCCAGCCUGAAGCUGUCGAAGAGGAGAAUGGGUGCGUCGCGCCUGCCACGCUUUGGAGUUGCGCCCUCCCCAAAGAGCAACAAAAUGAUAUCAGCCCGAACAAGCCAGACCAACCCAACUUUAAGCUGGAGAUUAUCUUCGAGAACGGUACGGUGAGCGAUCCUUCGAAGACUCAACCUGCUCGAAGGGCUGCAAACCCCGUCUCAGCCGGCGCUUUCAUUCGCUCACGGUUCCUCAACGCCCGUGCUGCUCCUUCAGCUUCGCCAGCGCCACCUAGUCUUGACGACGAAAAAUUCUUGGGCCAGACAACUGAUAGCAACUCGGCUCCCUUCGAGGGCGAAGAAACACCCUUCUUCAUCACAUUCCAAGACGCGAACGCCACCACAACGGCUUCCCGCCUUGCAAAGCGCGCUGGCGGUGAUGAUGAUCCCACCAACAUUACCAUGGUGAUUCCGCCCCCAAUGCUCAAUCCUGACGGCACGGCUGCACCCGCGAACUUGUUGACAUUCCCCUCCAGCCAACCAUUACGACUGUUCAAUCGCGACAAGGCCGACGAGCAUUACGGCUUCUACACAUACUUCGACCGCUCUAUUUUCCUCAAAGAUAUCAAGUCGACCACAGGUCGUGGCGGUAAUCCAGCAGAUGUAGACGGAGGAAGCACUCGCGACGCAGCGACCCUAAGGUGCACAUUCUCUCAGACACGUUAUCUAGUGCAGAUCUGGACUCGCAGCCAGACGUCCAAGCCUCUGCUCGGCCGCUCCGCCCAGAACGCCUCGGAUGCCGCUUUGGACCGCCCAGGUACCCUCCCUUACCCCGUAACCAUUACGCUCGACCGCCACGGAGGAGACUUCGCGAAGAAGAACCUGUACUGCUAUCAGAUGGAGAAAGACGGCACCAUCAAGGACGAGGCGUCAAAGCGAUUCUUCCAAUUUGAAGACCGCGGAUUCGGAGGCAACUUGGUGAACGGUACGCAAGGGAAAUCGAACGUGACAGGACCAAUUGAUGGAGGCUCGGGUGGGUGCCGCUGUCAGUGGCAGAACUGGCUAACGUGA